GUGACGGCCCAGUGACGGGAGGCAACUCUCCGAGUCCUGUGCUGUUCAGUGGUGCUCUGCCUGUGUUUCUUUUCUUUUCUUUGCAUUUUGUUUUGUUUUGUCGGCAAAAUUGAAAAUAAACCAAAAGCGAAAGUGUUUCAAAUGUGUUAGUUCGCCCCAAGUGGAAGUGCCUGUGUUCCUGGGCCCUUGACCUGGGCAGCUCGACAUAUCAUGAUUUGGAUUAUGAUUUUAGCACGGCAUCAGUUCAGGUCGCACGAGGAGUCGUAAGGGUCGGACGGGAAUGGGGGCGAACAUGGGUAAAUCCUCGUCGUUCCUGGACUCGCUCCCUUCGGCCCAGGGGACCCUGCACGUCGUGAUGCUGGGUCUGGACUCGGCCGGGAAGACGACCGCCCUCUACAGGCUCAAGUUCGACCAGUACCUCAACACCGUGCCGACGAUCGGCUUCAACUGCGAGAAGGUGAAAGGCGCCUUGGGCCGGAGCAAAGGGAUCUCAUUUCUCGUCUGGGACGUGGGAGGCCAGGAGAAGCUCCGGCCACUGUGGAAGAGCUACACGAGGUGCACCGACGGUAUCGUGUUCGUACUCGACUCGGUGGACCUCGAGAGGAUGGAGGAGGCGAAGAUGGAACUGGCCAGGACGGCCCGUUCUCCCGACAACGCCGGAGUGCCCGUUCUAGUCCUUGCCAACAAGCAAGACCUCCCGGGUGCCAAGGAGCCCAAAGAGUUGGAGAAACUUCUCGGCCUCCACGAGCUCGGCAACGCGCACAUGUGGGUCGUCCAGCCGGCGUGCGCCAUCACAGGCGAAGGUCUCUUCGAAGGGAUGGACGCCCUGUACGAGAUGAUCGUCAAAAGGAGGAAACUCGCCAAGCAGAUCAAGAAAAAGACGAGGUAGCCCUCCUGCCUCUAAGCCUCCCGGCACCUUCCUCAAUUCAUGAUACGGAUAAACAAAAAGCGUUACCUUUUCAAAAUAUCGUGUAAAGUUGGGAAGUUGACUGAUCCCAAUUUGGACAGACAAAUCGUUUGUUAAAAUCCGCCCCUCCAUCCACUCAGAGCGGAGGGGCUUUGUACUUUUAGUCCUCGAGAGUGUGCGUUGGUUUCGAAAGCUUUAAUUUUUUGUUUCAAUUUAUUUUUUUAAUCAAAUCCUCAUAUGUAGACAAAUUAUUUUAUAUAAGUAAUAUUUUUAAAUUAUCUAUUUUUAAUGAUUAAAUCUAAUUUUUAUCUUAUUUCCUGGUUUUUAUAGACUUGUCUUGUAAUAUAUAUUUAAAAGAAAUAAGAAAAAAAAGAAAUUUAUUUAUAAAAAGAAGAAAAUUAAUCAUGAUUUGGAAUGGCUUUUCCAUUUUGGAAAAAGAGACCAAUUUAGAAAAAAAUAACGAUUGCGGAGAGAUAAAGAGAUAUCAUCAAAAAAACUUUCGACUGGGAAUUUAAAAUCUAGUUUUAUAAAUUAUUGUAUACAAGAAUAAAUUAUAUUUAUUAUAAGGAGAAAAAUCAAUCGUUAUCUGCACGUCUUAAGUUAUUUUCACUGUUGAUUUAACGAGGUGCGGAUCAGACAAUAUGAGCCUAAGUCUUUGAACGGUUCGGUUAGAUCGAAUCGCCGAUUUUUUUCUAUUCUUCACAGAGCACUGGAAAAAAAAAAUCACAUCGCUUUCCCAAUUUUCCAAAGUCGGACUUUUCGAACGUGCUUAGGUCGUGCCUUUCGCCUAAACGCCUUUUACCCUUUCCCACACGACGACGUACCGAAUCCCGAGUAGCGUGCGACCGGAAUUUGUUUGCAUCUUUGUAUUUAAUGUAUAUGUUUUUAUUAUUAUUAAAUGUGUAUAGUGUAUUUUUAAUUGUUGCCAUUGUUUUUGAAGAUUUUUAAGUUGUUCUUUCCACUCCCACCACCCUGUAAAGCCCAAAAUUGUAUAAAGAUUGUAUUAAAUCUCAUAAAAAGUAUAUAUUAAUGAAAUGGAGACCCCACUACUGACUGCCUGUAUUUAUGCACGAAAAUCGCCUCAAUUUGAUUGUAAAUAGGUUUUAUAUUAUUAAUUGAUUGUAUAGAAAUAGUGUUAAUAAACCUACUUACCAUU